CUGAGGUAACUGAAGAAGGAAAUUUCAUUGCCCUCUGCCCAUCAUCCAACCAAGCCCUCAAUAUUCCAGUCCGCGGCUGGAGAGAUGAGGUGUUCAUACCAGCUGCCCUUAGUGGGGAUCCUAUUGUUUCUUCUUAUUCCAAGCCAACUAUGCAAGAUCUGUGAGGUCAGUAAAGAAGACUUACAUCUGAACCUUCUGUUGAAUACAAUGAUCAAUUCGAAAUACACCAGUGAAACCCAACCUGCGAAUGUUCUGUUGUCCCUCAGACUUAUUGGGAUUCAUGACCAAACCCAAACCCAAAGGCUCGUCCAACGAGUCAAAAACAAUGUGGAAAGGAAAGAUUCAAAUUUAAGCUCGGGACAGCUUGCUGUGAUUAUACUGGCUUUGGGAGCAUGUCAUUCCCCUGAUGAAAUCUUUACAUAUGAUAAGCAUCUGCUCAGUCAUCUAGAAAAUAAAUUCCAAGGAGAACUUGAAAAUAUGAAAGCACACGAUGGCAAUCCACUGACCAACUUCUACCAGCUUGGUCUGGACGUUUUGGCUUUGUGUCUCUUCAAUGGGAGCUACUCGGCCACCGAAGUUGCUGAAUUCUUCAAUCAUUAUAAAAAAAACUAUUAUUUUGGUGGUCAGUUCUCAGUAGAUACUGGUGCGAUGGCUGUCCUGGCUCUGACAUGUGUGAACAGGAGUCUAACAAAUGAGCAGAUUAAGGCAGAUAAGAAUUUAAAGAAAAUUGAUGAGCUUAUAAGUUUCCUGGUAGAAAAGAUUAUGUCUGAGAAAAAAGAAAAUGGUCUCAUUGGAAACACAUUUAGUACAGGAGUAGCUAUGCAGGCCCUCUUUGUGUCAUCAAAUUAUUACAACGAAAGUGAAUGGGAUUGCCAACAAACUCUGGACACGAUACUCCAGGAAAUUUCUCAGGGAGUAUUCAAUAAUCCAACUGCUGCAGCCCAGAUCUUACCUCCCCUGAUGGGAAGAACCUACUUGGAUGUUGAAGACUGUCCUUAUGUCUCUGGUUUAGAUACAUUCAACAUCUCCAAUCAUGUGCCUGAGUCUGAAAGAUCUAACUCAUCCUCACUCAUCAUGGUUUAUUACUCUGUGGUAAUCAAUGAAACAUAUUCUAUCAACGUCACUGUGCCAAAUGGUUCAGUCUUCCUAGAUGUGAUGAAAGCAGCUCAAAAGAAGAAUGAGACGACAUUUGGUUUCACAAUGGAGCAGAGCUCAUGGGGCCCCUACAUCACUUCUGUUCAGGGUUUGUAUGCCAACAAUAACAAGAGAACGUACUGGGAACUUCUGAGUGAUGGCAAAGCCCUGAGCCAAGGAGUUGGUAGCUAUGUUGUUCAUGAAGAGGAAAACUUGGAAAUUCGAUGGAGUACAUACUGAUAAGCCCAGACCUUCGAACAGACCUUUUGCAGUGGAAUUCCACGCAGAAAUUAACCCAAUUUCUUUCUUUUCAUUUAUCUGAAAACCUCAUAUCUAUCUCUCUCUCUCUCUCUCUCUCUCUCUCUCUCUCUCUCUCUCUCUCUCUCUUUGAAU